AUGGCAUUGGCGUCCCUGGUUGCGGAUUAUUCAGAUAGUGAUUUAAGUGAUGGUGGUGAAUAUGAUGAAGAGUCAAAUGACAGCAGCAGUGACAAGACGCAAGAAGUUAGAAUCAAGCAAGAACCUUCUGAUUCAGUCUCUAAUUUUUUUGGGACAUCUGAUCAAACAGAUGACGAUGAAGAAGAUGAGAAGAAGUUCAGUGAAUCUACUACAUGUGAAACCCCAGUGAAAUCAGAGCCUGAAGAGAAACUUCCAAACCCACUUUCCAGUGGACACGAAAAACUUCCAAGUAUUUUUGAGGUAGCCAAAUCAAGGAUUGGCACUUCAGUGUUUGUGAAUCCCUUUGAAGAAGCAGAGCAAGCCAAAAAUCAGAUUUUAGAAAAACAUGUGAAACUGACACAGGCAGCCCCCAAAAAACCUGCCCAUCAGCCUGUCUGUUGGAAGUUUAGAAAAGGGAAAUGCCACAUGGGCAAAAACUGUCGCUUUUUCCAUGACCCAGAAAAUAGAACUGUGGAAGAAAAUGUCCAGACUGAAAAAUCGGCAUCGGUGCAGACUUCCCAUCAAGUUUAUCACCCGUCUGCAUAUUUUGAUGCUCGGCGGCGACCGCUGGAACCAGAACCUGUAGAUGAAGACAACUAUAUGGCUGGUAGGAACAAGAAGAAACGGUUUGGUGUUGCGGAGCAUCUGGUGCCUCCUAGAAAGGCUUUUGAAUCUCUGCAGAAACAGAGGGAGAUGGAGCGUCCUUGGACUCUGCCCCAACAAUGA